GCUUUGAAGGAAGCUUUUGAAGUCUUUUGCAACAAGGGCGUUGCUGGAAGCUCAAGUGCUGAGCUACUCGCAACUUUUUGUGAUAAUAUUCUAAAGAAAGGUGGAAGUGAGAAACUUAGCGAUGAAGCUAUUGAAGAAACACUUGAAAAGGUGGUGAAGUUACUUGCUUAUAUAAGUGACAAAGACCUGUUUGCUGAAUUCUAUAGGAAAAAGCUUGCUCGGCGUCUUCUUUUUGACAAGAGCGCUAAUGACGACCAUGAGAGAAGUAUUUUGACAAAACUGAAGCAGCAGUGUGGUGGUCAGUUCACCUCAAAGAUGGAGGGAAUGGUUACUGAUUUAACAUUGGCGAGGGAAAACCAAACCAGCUUUGAGGAGUACCUAAGUAAUAAUCCAAAUGCAAAUCCAGGGAUUGACUUGACCGUCACUGUCCUGACUACUGGUUUCUGGCCAAGUUACAAGUCUUUUGAUCUCAACCUUCCAGCAGAGAUGGUUAAAUGUGUUGAGGUUUUCAGAGAAUUCUACCAAACUAAAACAAAGCACAGAAAGCUUACUUGGAUAUAUUCUCUGGGAACUUGUAACCUUAUUGGGAAAUUUGAACCAAAAACCAUGGAGCUAAUUGUCACAACCUAUCAGGCCUCUGCAUUGCUUCUAUUCAAUUCCUCGGAUAGAUUGAGUUAUUCAGAGAUCAUGGCUCAAUUGAACUUGAAUGAUGAUGAUGUCGUUAGACUGCUCCACUCCUUGUCGUGUGCAAAGCAUAAGAUUCUUAACAAAGAACCAAACACAAAAACUAUAUCUUCUACUGAUUCCUUUGAAUUCAACUCCAAGUUCACUGACAAAAUGAGGAGAAUCAAGAUUCCUCUUCCUCCUCUUGAUGAGAAAAAGAAGGUAAUUGAAGAUGUUGAUAAGGACAGACGGUACGCAAUUGACGCUUCAAUUGUGCGCAUCAUGAAGAGCCGAAAAGUUUUGGGUCAUCAACAGUUGGUUAUGGAAUGUGUUGAGCAGUUGGGACGCAUGUUCAAG